AAUAAUAAACCAGCAAAGGGCAGCGUGUUCAGAGCUAUGGCACUAAUGAUACAAGGAGCACAUGAACGGGAACACCGAGGAAACGGGAUGUCUGGGAGGGCCUUGGAGAAGAGAACAUCCGAGUCAGCCAUGACCUCACACAGCUGACUUCAGCCUCAACUUCACCUCCCUCCUUCCAUGCACCCUUCCUUCAGCAGCUUCAGUAUAGAUGAAUAAACACUAUAUCAGUAGUCACAUCACACAGUCUAACCAAUGACAGCAGUGCGUGGUAGUGAACGGCGGCCCCAGCUAUGUUCUACCUGCUGCUGGACUUAAUAACGUUUUUAUUGUGUGGAUGUCCAGCAGGGCAGGAUCGGGGUCAGAGGUCAGAGGUCAGCUUCAGCUGCUUAAGGGUUCGUGUUCAUGUUAACCUUGGGCUGAGAUCAGCUUGUGUCCUCCUGCAGGGCGGGACAACGGCGGCAGAAAUGCAGGACGCACGCCACCCGCAGACGCUGGGCUCAGACACAUCUGUGUGCGUGUAUGUUUGUGUGUGUCUGCAUCCUGCCUGUGUGUGUGGAUCUGCGUGUGUGUGUGUGUGUGUGUGUGUGUGUGUGUGUGUGUGUGUGUGUGAUGUUAAUCCUCUGUGACAGCAGAUCAGCAUAAAACACACUCUGUGACUGAAAACAAAAAGACAGGGGAACACACACACACACACACACACACACACACACACACACACACACAGCUGAGGACAACCCGGAGGAGAUGGAGUUCACUGAGGGAGGAGCCCCAAAGUAUUCAUGGUGUCAUACAUUGAAAUGCUGGAGCCCCGCCUCCUGCUGAUCGUCACACAAACCAUGAGCCAAAGAUCAAAGUAUCAUUUUUGUUGACUCUAUGAGUAAAAUCAUGGGAGCUUUCAUUUCACUGCUCCUCACGCUCCUCUGAGGAAACAUACGGCGCCUCCGAGAGAGGAGCAAGGAGGAGGGAGGAGACGGAAACAAAGUGUGAGCAAACAAAAAGAGACGGAAAGCAGCAGAGCAGCAAAAACAGAGAGAAGGAGGAGAAGGAGGAGGAGCAGGGAGAGAGAGAGAGAGAGGGGAGGGUUAAUCCAGAGUGGAGGAGGAGGAGGAGGAGGAGAGGUGGAGCUGGGAAAGCACCAGAAGCGACAGACGAAGCUCACAUCUGAGCCGAGCGCAGUCAAGAGACAGAGGCAGCAGCGACUGACACACACACCUGCACAUACACACAGCAACAUCUGUGAGGGAGCGCGCUCAGUCCAGCCAGAGACAGCGCAGGGCAGCAGCGGAGCGGGGUGGUGGACGAGUGUGGAGCAGACGGGAUGCCGACCUCACUGCAAGUCUGAUCCUGGGAUCAAACUGAGGCGCUCGCCAUCGUCACGGCAGCAGAGACUGAGUGAGGAAAGGAAAUUCUCAGAGCGAGCGGAGCCGGAGCAGGACGCCCACGGAGCAGAUAUGGGAUGAAAGGAGGAGACAGGAAGUGAUUUCUGACUUUUCUGUGUGAUAAAUCAGACGACAGGGACAGGUGUUCUGACAUCGCAGCACACCUGGAUCACUGACAGAGGGGAGUCUGUACUGGGACACCUCCACCUCUCAUAACCCAUUUAGCCCCGUCUCCUCUCCUGGCGUCUGCCCGGUUGGCAGGUGGACAACAUUAACAGAGUUAGACCAAACAAACAGCCUGGAGGCACACCGAGCGCGCUCCACAGCCACGCUCCGAGAGGAGACGAUGAGAGGCUCAGAGUGAAGGACGCGCACGCUCUACAGGCUCGUACACCAUGAGCGACAACAACAAGCUUCUUCCGCCUGCUCUGUGUUUACAUGUCGACUAUGUUACGCCAAAAUGAGAUGAAUCGCGACACACGAAGGAUGUGAACAGCAAACUGAGGCUCUUUCAAAGUAAGGGACACACGCUGGUGGCAUCAUGUCGCACGUCGGUGGUCACACAGAAUUCCUGCAGGGUGUGGACUCUCCAGCGGCGUGGCGGGCUGCCGUGCUGCUGUUGGUGUGUCUGCAGCUGCACCGGCCCAGCCCUGUCCACGCUGCCGUCAGCUUGUCUCGGGGCUCCUAUCGGGCGGACGGCUGCAUCUGCGCCUCAGACAUCCUCAGCUGCACCGCCCUGGCUCUGAGGCACAUUCCCGGAGAAAUGCCAGUUUCCACCGUCACCCUGGACCUCAGCCACAACCACAUCACGCAGCUGGAGGAUGGCACCUUCCAAGGACUUCCUCAACUGGAGACAUUACGUUUGGCCCACAACCAGCUUACAGCGAUCCUGCCGGGAGCGUUCAGAAACUUGUCCGGGGUUCUGCUACGAAACCUGGACCUGUCAUCCAAUCAUCUUUGUGUUCUGGAGGAGCAUUACUUCCAGGAGCUAUCAGGGUUGGAGGAGCUGCUGCUGUUUAAUAACCGGAUCUCGCGGGUGGAGGGCAGACCUCUGGCUGGACUGACAAACUUGCGCAAGGCUUAUCUCAGCCACAACCGCCUCACCGACUUCCCCUUCUUUUCCAUUCAGAAGCACAGCCACCCCCACCUGUCAUUGCUGGACCUGUCCUCAAACCGCCUGUCCAAACUGCCCCUGGAGGACAUUUUGGCCCUGCCCCAUUCGCUGCAGAAGGGGCUCUACCUGCACAACAACUCGCUGUGGUGCGAGUGCCCCAUGUACAGCCUGUUCCGGUCCUGGGAGCAGCAAGAGUUUGAGUCGCUGCUUUUCUUCAGGCAGGAGCACAUCUGUCUGGUUUACGGGAACCCGAGAGGCACUGUGCGCUUCCUCCAGCAUGGACGCUACCUGGAGAAGUGCAACCUGAGUGCCGUGACCCAGAAGAGCAGUGUUAACGUGACGGCAGGGAAAGCGCUGCUGUUGCACUGUGCCACUACUCUCUCCGGCCACGCCGUCACCUUCCUCUGGGUGUCGCCAAGCUUGGAGUCAGUGCUGCCGCCGGGGAAUAACGGGUCCUUAAAGAUGUUCUCCAACGGUAGCCUGGAGAUCGUGGCGGCACGCGAGAAGGACACCGGGAUCUACUGGUGCCUGGCGGAGGACCGGCAGCAUCACCGCAACGAGACGUGGGAGGUCAACGUCACGGUGUUGGCGGAUGCCAACGACCCCCAGGAGCCGUUCAACACGGGCUUCACCACCCUCCUAGGCUGCGUGGUGAGCCUGGUGCUGGUGCUCAUGUACCUGUACCUGACGCCUUGCCGCUGCCCUCCCUGCCUGAAAGCCCCGCCCCCGGCCACGGCCACCCCAAGCCUGGGAAACGAGGCUGGGGUGGGCAGCGCCCAGUCCUCCAUCCUCACCCCCACACCGCCGGCCAGCACGGAGGGCCCGGGUCGCAAGAUAUUCUUCUCCGUCCGGGCCACGCGGCCUCCUUCCAGCCUCAUUUCCACGCUGACACAUGACCACAGGAAGGACAGGAAGCACGCUUCAGAGCAGCGACACGCAUGUACUCGCAGAUGCACCGACGAGCGACUCAUCUGAGGGUCUUGAAUCCCGUGUUUAGAUG